AUGGAGCGUGCCAAGAACAAGCGGGCGUCGCGUCGAUCCCAGAGUACGAGGAUUGUUAAUGAGGUAAAUCAGCUCGUACAGUCAGACCAGUUCGAGCUCUCGACGCUUCACGUCCUCCACAGCCGGUUAAAGGCGGUCCAGAUGGAGUUAGCUGCGCUGAACGCCGAGUUGGAAACCUUCCUGACAGACGAGCAGGUGGCAGAAGACUACGAUUCCGUCAUGAAAUAUGAAGACGCUGCUACCAGCACUUUGGCCCUGCUCGAACACCACAUGAACAGGCUCAAGGUCUCCUCACCGGCUUCGACGGCGCAUCCGCCUGCAACCACAACUGGGGAGGACCCACCAGCGACCUCAGAGAGGGAACCGACGCGACAUCAACGUGAGUUUGGUGCACGAUUGCCCAAGUUAGAACUUUUGCACUUUCACGGCAGUUUAACUCGAUGGCAGCCGUUUUGGGAUAUGUUCCGGCACUCCGUACACGAUAACCCGAGCUUGUCCAACACAGAUCGGUCCCACUAUCUUGUGUCUUUACUCGACGGAGCCGCUGCUCAAGCCGUCGCCGGAAUUCAGGUCACAGAUUCAUCUUACCGCGACGCACUUGACCUAUUAAAACAAAGAUUUGGGAACGGCAAGCUAAUCGAGCACAAACACCUGGAGAGGCUCCGCACACUAAAACCCGUCAGGUCGUCGAGCAACGUAUCAGACUUGCGGAAGCUGUACGACGAAGUACAACUCUACACCCGCCGCUCGUCCGUGUCAAACACUGUAGAAACGCUGAACCGGUGA